GCUGAAAACCACAGCGGACAGAACCGGACAUCAGAGCCGCUGUCGGGUGUUCGCAGAGGAAUGGGUCGGUCCAGGAAGGAAGCCUCCGCUGGGUGUUCGGAGUAAAACCGUCCGGGUGGAGACGACCUGAGGGGGACUCAGAGGGGGGAGGAAGGGGAGAGUUUCGGUUCUGGGAAGAAGGAGAAGAUGAAGAUGAGAGGAGGAAGAGGAGCGGAGCUGCUGGGACUCUGCGGGAUUCUGGUUCUGCUGAGCAGGAGGGGUCACUGCGGAGGCUCCCAGCAGACGGAGGGGCUCUCCUCGUACCAGCUGACUGUUCCUCGGCCAAUAGGAGGCCGGCUGAAGAGGGACGCUGAUGGAAGCCCGCCCAGUCAGGUGUCCUUUAUCAUCCCCAUGGACGGACAGCAGCUGCUGGUCCAUCUGGACCGGAACCAGAUCCUGCUGCCGCCGGAUUUCACGGUCUUCACCUACGGCCCAAACGGAUCCCCGAUCACGUCCAGACCUGCCGUCCAGGACCACUGUCACUAUCGGGGCUCCGUUCAGGACAUGGACGGUUCCGCCGCGGCUAUGAGCAUCUGCAACGGCCUCAGAGGAGUUUUACAUCUGAGUCAUGGCAGCUAUGGGAUCGAGCCGCUAGAGUCCGACCCCGAGCAGCAUAUGCUGUACCGCCUACAGGAUGUGACAUCACAGCCCAGAGGAUGUGGAACGCCUCACGUUGAGCACGGCACGGAGCACGCUCAGUACGGACCGCAGGAGAUCCAGCACCAACAGCACAGCAGGGUAAAGAGAGCCGUUCUCCAUAAGACCCACUAUGUGGAGCUGCUGCUGGUGGUGGACAACGACAGGUUUAAUCACAUGAACAGAAACGAGACGGCGGUCAGAGAGCAGAUGGUUCAGCUGGCCAACCUGGUAGACAGUAUCUACAUGCAGCUGAAGGUCAGGGUGGUCCUGGUGGGCCUGGAGAUCUGGACCAACCAGAACCCGUUCAGCACAGACGGAUCGGCUGGAGAGGUUCUGGGCCGCUUCACUCAGUGGAGGGAGAAGGAGCUGGUUCCUCGGCGCCGACACGACUCGGCCCAGCUCAUCCUGAUGAAGAGCUUCGGAGCGACAGCAGGAAUGGCCUUCGUCUCCACGGUGUGCUCCAGAAGCCAUGGAGGAGGCAUCAAUGCGUUCCUCAACAACAACGUUCCGUCCUUCGCCUCCAUCGUGGCUCAUGAACUCGGACACAACCUGGGGAUGAACCACGACGACGGACGCUCCUGCUUCUGUUCCGCCUCCAACUGCAUCAUGCACUCCGGAGCUACUGGAUCCAAAACCUUCAGCAGCUGCAGUGCCGACGACUUUGAGAAGAUGAUCCUGUCCACAGGAGGGACGUGUCUCCUGAACAUCCCUCGACCCGACGAGGCCUACAGCGCCCCCUACUGUGGAAACCAGCUGGUGGACAUCGGAGAGGAGUGCGACUGUGGAUCAGAGAAGGAGUGUGAGGACGACCCCUGCUGUGAAUACAAGACGUGCAAACUAAAGCCUGGAGCUCAGUGUGCGCACGGAGAGUGCUGUUCCAAAUGUCAGUUCCUGCCGGGCGGAACCGUCUGUCGCUCCAAGAAAGACGCCGAGUGUGACAUCCCAGAGUACUGCAACGGCUCCACCCCCUUCUGUCAGAGCGACGUCUUCGUCCAGAACGGGCAUCCCUGCAGGAACCAGGAGGCCUACUGUUUCAACGGAAGGUGUCAACACUACGACGGACAGUGCAAAGCCCUGUUUGGAUCCAAGUCCAAGGCUGCUCCAGACCUCUGCUUCAAGGACGUCAACAGCAAAGGAGACCGCUUCGGCAACUGCGGAUACCAACACUAUGGCUACAAGAAGUGUGAGAGCAGAAACGCAAAGUGUGGAAAACUGCAGUGCCUGAACUUGGGGUCUGAAACGGUUUUCGGCAUCCAUCCGGCGAUCAUCACCACUCCCACAGAGGGAGGAGCCAAGUGCUUUGGAGUGGACUUCAUGCUGGGCUCGGACGUUCCCGACCCGGGCAUGGUCAACGAAGGAACCAAGUGUGGCGACAACAAGGUGUGUUUGAACUACGAGUGUCGUAACGCGGAUGUCCUGAACUACGACUGUGACAUGGAGAACAAGUGCCACGGUCACGGGGUGUGUAACAUUAACAAGAACUGUCACUGCGAUUACGGCUGGGCUCCGCCUUUCUGUGAGCACCCGGGGUACGGCGGCAGCGUGGACAGCGGACCUGCCUGGAACGAUAAGGACACGUCCGUCAGGGACGGCCUGCUGGUCUUCUUCCUCCUCGUUCUUCCUCUGAUUGCUCUGGGAGCGUUUGUUUUCCUGCGCAGGAACGAGCUGCUGCGGCGCCUCGGACUGAGCGGCAGGAAGAGGUCACAGGGAUACCAGGCUGACGGAGCGGCCUCCACCAAUCCCAGCAGAGCUCCGCCCCCCAGGGCGCAGCCACCACCUGUUGGUCGCAGCAACGCAAACGGCACGGUCAGAGACGGGCAAAACAGUCAGCUGCUGCCACCUCAGAAGAUGGUUCAGACCAGCACCACGGCUCCGCCCUUCGCUGCGAGGCCGCCUCCCCCUCCUCUAAAACCCAAACCUUCUGCUGCAUCUCAACCUUUGGUGCCUCAAAGACCCGCCCCCGCUCCCCCUGUUUAACCAAUCAGGGGGCUUCCUCUCUUGCCCACCCUCUUCCUCCUGAAUUUCAGCCCGCUCCAUGCAGAGCUGGUUGCCUAGCAACAUGCAGGAGCCUCGCCGGAGGCGCGUGGGUCAGAGAGCGAACCGGACUCAGACGGGAGCGAACCCCUGAAGCUGCAACCUAACCAGCCAAUCAGAUUGUAGAGAUUCCAAAAUAGAUCCUCCUCCUAGAGUAAACAGAUAAUAUAGCCUUCCACUGGGCCUUUACCAGUUUCCCAGUAACAUGCGGGACUGCAGACUGCAGUUCUGGUCCAAUAAAAGCAAUAAAAUGACAUCAUAUCCUUCAUAAGAUUUGAUUUUAAAACGCAUCUGAUAGUUCUGGAUCUACCAUGAAAACGAAGCAUAACUUCAGUGUUAGCGUCGAUGCUAAUCAGUGCGUCACACCCUGGAGGUGAUGAUGACUUUAUUACAGUUUGGAGCAUUUCUAACAUUAAUUUAAAUCACCUGCAGGGCGUUUCCCUCCAUUAUAUCGUUAGCUGUGCCACAGCGUCCGACAAACUGCUAACUGAGUGAAGGAUCUGCGUACCGCUGCUUCCUGGAUGUCCUGGACGUGAAAUCGGCAGUUAGCGUUAGCAUCAUGAACCGAUGCUACAAACACUUAUCAGUCGAUCCAAUCUGCGAUCGUCUACUGACAUUUGUUUUGCAUAAUCAUCAGCUGUCAGUGUUAGCAUCAACAGUCAGACGUUAGUGUUAAAGAGCUCUACUCUCAUGGCAGUUAUCAUGCUUGUUUUAAAUCCUGGUGUAUUAAAACUCACCAGUUAAACCAGUUAAACAUCAAAGCCUUCUGGAAAAACAGAUUUGGGAGAUUUUUCAUAAAGAGGAACGAGUUUUUAGGUUAGAAAGCUAACCUCACUCUGAUUGGCUGGUUUGGACACAGGGGGCGGAGCCUGCUCUCUUUGAUUUUUUUUUUUCCCUUUUUUUUUCUGUGGUGUUGAACUGCAGCUCUGCCCAGCGCUGUCAUAGGAAUGUAACGCACCCUCCAAGCCGCCGUGUGGAGGUGCGUUUAGUUUCCCCACCUGGCCCGGCCCGGAUCGCUCAGUAUUCAGCCAGUACGGGGCCCCCUCUGUGCGCGGGGCCCCCUCUGUGCGCGGGGCCCCCUCUGUGCGCGGGGCCCCCUCUGUGCGCGGGGCCCCCUCUGUGCGCGGGGCCCCUGGGACAUUUAGUCUGGUACAAGCGUCUCCACUGGGAGUGUGCGCACAUUUUAUACGGUUUAAUUUCAAAGGAAUCCUCUGGAACACUUCAGACCACUUGGAUCGAUGCACUCUAAUCAAAGCAGGGAUUUUUACUCCACCAGUAAACCAAACGCUCCUGCUGGUGAGCAGCACUGCAACGGCUCAACCUGGAUCUGCACUGUCGGGAGGAGGACUUCCUGUUUCCCCUGCUUGUUUUGCACAGGACUCCACUGUUGGGGCUAACUUGGUGCCAAUGACUGUCCAACACCCAAUCAGGGCGUGAGACG